GAACUCGAUCACAUUUGAUAAAGAACAUGGAGCGAAACACUCGGUUUGAUUUUAGGAUUUUUAAUCGCUUGAAUACAUUUAAAUACCAGUUUCUGUCUUCCAAAUUUAUAUUAAUAAUCAUUUUUAAUAUACACUUUGGCGCUGAAGGAUUUCAACCGAACUACCACCGGGCAAAGCUAACAGCUGUGGAAUGUCCCGUAGGAUACUACAUCAAGAAUAUUGAACACAGCGCACGAUGUUUGCCAUGUAAGCUAUGUCCAAAAGGUUUCCAGGUCAAUAAGUGGUGUAAUGUGACCAACGAAACUGAGUGCACAUCGUGUCCUAAAGGCACAUUUAACGACGUCCGAGGUGGAUCUUGUCAACCCUGUUCCACCUGCAAAGUGGGUGAGUUCAUUAAAAGAAAAUGUUUGCCAGAGAAAGAUACGAAAUGUCGAAGAUGUCAAAAGGGAAAGUAUUCAGUGAAUGGACAAGGGCACGCAUGUCGGCCCUGCACUGGGUGUCUGGAAUCCAACAGAGAAGAGAUGUUCCCAUGUAAGCCUGAACACGACAGAGUCUGUGGACAGUGUAAACACGGGCACUUUUCCGAACUGGGAGGACGAUGCUUGCCGUGCUCCUUUUGUGGGUACAUGUCCCAAAAAAGGUUCGUUAUUGAUUGUGCCAGACAAAAUGGCGUACAUGACCCAAACUUGUGUUGGCCAGAUACGGGAAUACGACUUCUUCAAGCAGAUUCAAAGGGACCAACUACAGUUGUUUCUAAUGAAAUAGUACUUGGUUACCACAAUGACAACGUGAUGCUUGUGUUUAUAGUUUGUGUUUUUGUUAUCUGUUGGAUUGUUCUAGUUUUCACCGGUGCAUGGGCUAUGCGUUUGCCGAGAUUUCAAAACAAAUUUAAACUAUGUUUGAAUCAUGAAGACUCUUCCGCAACACAAUCCAAAAUACCCACUCGAGACAUGAAUCUUUCGUUGUGUACGGAACACCCGGAAACGUUAACUGAACAAAUACUCAGUGGAACACAAAACGGAACAGUGCCAAACAUUAUUGAAUGUAGCAGGUUAAGCAUCACAACUGAUUCUGAUAAAUCUGGAUCAACAAUGAAAGCUUGUACAAAUGAGCUAAUCUCAUAUCAAAAGAAAGGAGCAAAUGCGCUAAAUCCAACAAUUCAAAGCAAGAUAGGAGAAACAAAUGUUGAGCCGAGGAGAAGAGCACAUACCUGGCACGGGGACCAACCAACGAGAUGUUAUAUUGCGAAAAUAAUAAAGAACAAAGGCGAGAUCUUCAAAUCAAUGUAGAAGUAUUUGCAGCAAAUACUUUCUUGAACAGGCAUCACUUGGCGAGUUGUUAUAUUGCGAUACAAAUACGUUGACAUAUUUGAUUCACAUACACAAUACAAUUCUCCAAAAUUAGAUGCGAGAAAUGUGCUUCAAAUACGGAAAACGGGGAUCAGUUUAUUAACUCUAUAAUUGCGAUGAAUGUUUUUUAUGACCACAUAGAAAUCUUUCCUUCAAACUCAUACUAGAAAGAGAUCAUUCAGGAGGGAGAAUAUACCAACAUACUGAAAAACAACCAGUUCUGGAUUGAUUUAGACUGUUAACUGACUGCAAUGGUAAAUCACAUUUUAGUAACGGCCUAAGCGGUAUUCUUUUUUCUAGAAGCACUUAGUUAUACGUGAAGAUGCCAACAUUAGAAACACCAUAUACUGUAGGUUAAGCUCGGCAUUAGUUACCAACGACUUUCAGCUUCGUCCCGUUUCAAAUUAAGAUUUUCUUAAACUAUCCGGACAAUACUUCUGUUUCUGUUCUGUAUAAAACAUAGGUCAAGUUCGACUUUAAUAACCAACCACUAUUUUUGUCUACAGAGCUAUUGCUCCCUUGCCCAAAAUCCACAAAAGCCAACGCUUACUGUGGUCGAAAUUAAUAAUUAAAGUUCUUCCUGUAUACCAUGGAUAACUCUUAUAAUUGAUCUCUAAAUAUUACAAGUAUUAGUAAUCGUCAGCCUUUUCCCAUCAGUUGUUGUUUACUGUUUUGCUAAUGGUUCUCAUUAUGAUUUGUCGAAACGAACGCGCUUAGGGAGCACAACGCUCAUUUUAACCUUUCCUAAUCGAAUCGUCGAAGAAGUUUAUUCUGGCAACCUAUUUUUUUUAUUUUGGUUCUGGUUUUUCGGCUAUUACCCAGUCGCCUUAUGGAGCAACUGUGAAUUCUUUGUAGCUCUGUUCAGCUUGCCUUAGCAUUUAUUUAUAUUGAAAAAUGUAAUAUUAUAUAUAUAUUAUUUUAUGAGAAAACAUUUCGGAUUGUGAAAACCAGUGUCGGAAUUGAAUGAUAGCGAUUAUAUUAGUAAAUAUCUAGCCUUACUGUUAAACAUCCACCUGAGCGGGCAUCUGUAAUUUAUACCUUUCGCCCGAUAGUCCGCGAGGGCGGGUAUUCUGGCGUUUCAAUUUCCCGCAAUGAUGACUGCGCGCAUUCUCGUUGUCAGUGUGAAUGUAAAGUUAGUGUGGUAUAGUGGCUGGUUAUUGAUUUAAAUAAAAAAUAGCAAAAAUCGUAUUUAUUACGAUAUCGUCGCGAAUUUAAAGGUGAGGAAAGAUGAAAACAAUUCCUAGUAAUGGCAGAAAAUUAUUUAUAGGCUGAUGAGUGGACGGAAGACGAAUUCAUCGAUACUUUUAGCGAUCUCGAUUUGAAGCAGUUUAAUGAAAAUAAUCGACGAAGAAUUGAAAUGUUUUGUAAGACCUAAAAGCCAAACAUGACACAGAUGCAGGUGACGUGACCUUUUUGAAGACUGCAAUACAAUGAAAACUACAGUGACAAGCACAUGAGUAAAACAUUCAAAUGUAAACCCUGUAUAGAGAGGCAUACGACAUAUUAACACCACAUAUACCACAUAUGUCGUACCUGAAUAAUUUGUGUGGAGCUAUAUCAUGCAAAUUGUGUGAAAGGCAUUUUUUUAUUAUUCCGAAAACAGAAUAACAUAAUAACAUUUAUUUCAGACCCACUCCCCUGUAUAAGUACAUGUAUUAAUCCCAAAAUCUCUUCACAAAUUGUUCUACCACUAUUUUGUUACAGAACUAUAUAAUUUUUCUAAUUUCUUAAAUAUGAAAAACUAAAAUAAGAUUUUUGUUUUUCGUUUUGUUUUGAAACAUUUUUUUAUUUGCGGAUUAAUGAACCCUUUGAACUUGUACACAGGUAGUAGUCGACCUGACGGCAAAUAUUGCCCGGAAGGUUUACACUGUCUUCGUGGUUACUUCCUACACGAGCCUAAUGCUAGCCCACUUUCUAUCAACAUAACAUAACAUAACAUAACAUAACAUAACAUAACACAACAUGCAGUUUAUUCUGAUGUAAGCAUGUACAGCAUAUUAUCAAUUACACAGUACAUUCGAACAUACAUGCAUGUAAAUGGAAUAUACUUAUAUAAUAACUUUAAUAAUGAAAAAAACAAAACAGAAAGCAAAUAAUAAGUGAAUUUUGACCUGAUAAACACCUCUAAUGUUUUUUUUUAAAUAGUAUAUAUGUACUGAUUUGUUUGUGUAGUUUUGUGCUGUUGUCCCAUGUGUCUGGUUUGUGAUUGUUUGUUUUUGUAUUCUAUGUCGGGCGUUUACCCUGUGCCAUUAAACGGGGUUUAUGUUUUCCCAAGUUAAUGUGUACUUUGAUAAGAUUUACCAUUUGCGUUUUACUUUAUUCGGGAUUUUUUGGGAUAAGAGUGAGGUUGUGCACACAAACUGGUUUAAACCCCCAGUAAAAUUACAUUUUACUGACCGUUCCAAGGUUGUACCUAACAAUCCUUGAUAAACAUACCUAGUUUUUUAUAUAUAUAGUAUGUAUGCACUGUGCCUCUUGUGGAGUUUUGUGCUGUUUUUCCAUGUUUCAUGUUUGUGAUUUUAUGUUCUAUGUCUUUGGUGUUAACCCAGUGCCUUUAAACCGAGUUUAUGUUUAAACGUUUUGCUACUGAGCUUGUUUCUGUUUCUUUUCGCAUUAAUACUGAGAGUAAUGUCACACAGGAAUGUCGAGUGCAGAGUUCUUACUUCGUUUACCUUUAGCCAGUAAGUUGCUAUUUUGUGUAGUAAGUGUUUUUGUUGUAUUAACCAUGUUUAAAAAUUUGGACAUAUUCGGUCUUACCCUAUUAUAAAAAGGAAUAUAUUG